AUGAAGCCCGACGAUCGUUCGCAGGUAGACACUGCCAAGUCACAUAUCAGAAAAACACAUAAACAAGAACAGGUGGAUGAAUCACCAGCUCGGGGAGAGCAGAAGCGCGCAGCCAAAAAUAUACGCGGAUCAUCUCCGGAAGACAAGGAAGCGCUUGAUGACGUCGUUAUUGAGGACGACAUAACACAUGCGAAGUGCUGCGGUGCUUUCAUUGGAUUUGGAAGAUGUGACAUAGGGAAACUCGAUGAUGCCCUAAAUUUUGGUGAAUGGAACAAACGGGACCUUGACCAGAAGGAAUCAUCUCGUCUAGCUGAGUCAUUCAAGCGUGGGCUCUACCGAUUUCGAGCUGAAAAUGCAAUCCCUGUGCUCCUCGAACGCUCCCUGCUCGUCGAGAACACCUUUUCCAGCAACCCCAUGCUUGGGUUGGACCUCCCGGUGACCCAGUUUACACGUGAAUUGAAGAAGAAUGAUUUGCAGGGUUGCGGUGGCCAACACCGUCGGAGCGCACUUGGGCUUCACUACAACCGCAUCAAGUCGCAGUACAAACUCCUUGAAAACCAAAAAAAGGAAAAUUUUCAGCUUUCGCAAGAGGAACAGAAACACUGGGGCGAGACGGAUGAAGCACUCCGCAAGCAGCUCAAGCGGACGCUCAAGCUUGAGCAGCAGUGGAUUUUUGCAUUUUACGAUUGCGAGGGUAUGUCUGAUGAGCUGGUUAACGAGCUCGGUCACCACCUGUCACGCAACAACAGCCUAUACGAGUAUAAAGAGGGUCCAGAAGAGCGUCUGAUUAGCACUGUGCGUAAACGGUUAUCAAAAGGACAAGACUGGAGGGGCACUGCGGCACCCUCGAAGGCACGCGGCGCUGACCGGCGACACGCAGAGGUGCUUCACCAACCACACAUGUUCAACACUCUGGCAGCUAUGCUCAAACACGGAAAUCACUUCACCCGCGGUUCCCAUUUUACUGUCCACAAAUUUUACGAUCUGAUGACAUCGAGUUAUGGAGGGGUCAUUGCUUGGUUAACCUGCUCAAUGGGAAAGCGCCUUGAGUGGUGCUUCAGUGAUUUCAACAUUGACGUCAAUGAAUUUUCGCAAUACAAAUCUGCUUUCAGCUCUCCCGACUCUGUAAUGCAUGGCACGGCUCGCGAAUGGAUGCGCCAGGCAUAUCACUCCAUCUGCGUUUCCGAUGUUGUUCCUGGUUCCCUCUCGGAUGAUAUCAUGGAAUUCAUUGACAAGGAGUUUACCUUUCACCUGGGAACAGAGACACUAGCAUCACGGGGCCUAGGAAACAAAGCAGACCAAGGUUAUACAAAUGCAUACGAUGCCUACGUCGAUGGUGUUGUUUCUGCACUUUUCGACUACAGCAAAAGAUAUGAUCGUUCUGGUGAAGUUGGUAUGCAUCCAUCCAAAGUACAAACGGCCGUCAAGUGUUGCUGGAUGAAGGCAUACAUCGUAUUGAAGCAUCAAGAUAUCAGCGACAAUCUGCAGUCUUGUCCAUACAUGCCUUUUGUCACUGUUUCCUUGGUUCUUACUCUCGCACGCAAUUGCAGGCAAGUAGAGAGAGCUUGGUUGGAGGUUGGCCAGUGGCACAGCCCAUUAUUUUCCUUGGUAGGCGUUCACCCGGACAACGAGUCUCUCGUUGGCUCGGUUACCGCCGAUAUGAUCUAUUCGUUCUUUGCUUUGCCAAACAUCAAUAAGGAGCUACGUGCAAGUUUUGUGGACGAGGUCAUGUGGGUCCUCGUUGGAAAUUUUGCUGCAUUCUUGAGACUUGACCGGCAGCUCAAGUCCAUAAAUCUCCCAUGUCUUCCUAAUACCAUAGAUCAGGUUCUGCCAGCUAUUGGGCUUAGCGCCGACGGCAAGAGGCCUGCAACAAAUGAGGAACUAGUCGCAAUAUUCAAUAGAAAGGACCGGCGGCGCGCUGAGCAUCGACAAUCCAACAAUGACCUCAACAACCACAGCCUCACUAGAUCACUGGCAGGGAAAGCUGCAUCAAAUACGCCAGGGCCCUGGACUUCGACAGCUUCUGGCUCGAAGCCAUCGAUCAAAAACACGAGUCCUGAAAUGGAUGACCGCAAAGCCAUAUACGAGGAGUACAAAGUCGCCCAUGAUGCACUCAGGAAAUCGCCAAAGACAACCUACAAUCACGAGUUGUCACAGCCCGGCUGGCUUACUCCCUGGGACCGCAAGCAGGCCCUGCCAGCCAGCUUAUUACAGAACUCGUUCCGUGGACAGAAAGCACUCGGUACCCAUAAUUACGAAUGGACGCUCCCGUCACCACACGUUUCUUCACGUACCUUGAAGGUUCUUGCUGCUCUUGCUCUUCUCAGCCAAGGAGUUGCCAAUUUCUACCGCUACGACCUUCUAUACACCGCUGACAGUGCAGCCUCAUAUCUUCGCUCAGUCAUCUCUACCACCGCCGCCCCGUACAUCAUCGAGUCCUCUGUCGUUAAGCAAGAACACAUGGGUGCACAGCUGCAAGAACAAGAUAGGCUCACCACAGACGAGCUUGAUUGGCCGGACGACUUUGGCUACAGCGCCACAUUUGCACGCCAAUUCCAGGCCACUGUCUCCGAAGAGAUGGACAUUCUCCAAGAGCACACGUUAAUCAAGGAACAAAAUGCGUACCUUUCCACAAUAAUGGAUGCGAUUCAAAAAUGUCCUUUCGCCUAUCCUAUGGGCGCGCCCGCCAAUGACAGUCACUGUAGCUCUCAGCCUGUCCUCCAAACACAAAUACUUGCACGUGUAGAUGAACUGGCAGAUACUCUCUCGCUCAGCGCAUGGUGUCAUCGUCAAGGCAUACAGGUCGACAACAUCUACGCAGAAGCAUCUGAUAUACCCUUGGAACAGCAUCUUUAUUACACCCAACAGAGAGCACCUAAGCGAGUACCUGCUAGCCAAGAUCACCAUGCUGAGUUCAUAUUCAUGAGCCGCGACAAGGAAGAGUCCUUAAUGAAGCUCUGGCGUGUGGAUAAUGCUAAUCUCGAGAACACGUUGUCGGAGGAUAGCGUUUUCAGUAAUAUCCCCGAUACCAGCAAUGCUAAAGGAGAUACACCACCGUCUGGGAUGGAUUCACGUUCCAGUUCACUCAGGCUCUCGUCUUCUCCACCGCCUAACUCAUACCCUCCGAAUGAGAACGAACAAAUGAAUGCACUGGAUACCUGGCCCCGGACUCACGUUCAACCACACUGUAGCCAUGAGUACCAUCCCGGUCCCCUUCAAGAAAGCAGCUCCACAGCGCUUGCAGAUCCGUACUUCAUCCAUGUUCCUGGCACUACCACUACCGGCAAGUCUCGAGCAGAGCACCAAGAUGCUACCAAAGACACUCCCGUGGAGCCGACCUACGCACAUAGUGACUACAGCUCAGAUUUUGAAUCAGAUAGCAGCCAAUUAACGCUCCCUGACCGCGUCUUGGCAUAUUCAAAGGCAUCAACAAUGACGACGCCCAUUUCCAGGUAUUUCUCCAUAGAGUCUAAUGACAGAGGGGUGAAUGUAUCCUCACGUUACAUCAGUUCAAACAAUGCUUCCAGAGAGGAGCUGCGCAAUAAUGACAGCCCAUUAUAUUUCCCUCCUUCGCCGAGUACGGGUGUGACACACUAUGAGGCACAUUAUGAGGAGCGGGAUAAAUCUGCCAAAUGGUCUGACCACAUACCGCCUUCUUCUCAGGCAGCAUCCGCUUAUAAGGAUGCUGGCCAGUACGCCUCCCCCAAGGCAAAGAGGCAGAAACGCACCCAAGCGAGGGUUCAGCAGGUCGAAAGUUCGCCUUGUUUUAACUUUAUAAGUCCUGCCAGACCAUCUGGAUACCAAGCCAUGUGCCGUGACGGCGACGAUGACGAACCAAUCACUCCGAAGGGAAUAAAGCGUAAACAUAGCCAAUCAGAGAUCGAGAAGCAAGGCAAGGCAUCUGUUCGUGUCGCAUCCACUCUCCCGGCCUCGCCUCGACAAGAUAGCACUAGCCCAGUAAUCAUGACGACCCAGCGCACUGAUGCGCUAAUCAUUCCCAAGGAGUUUACAGAGCCUAAAGUUAAACAAACAACAUCUAAACGGGCACAAAUGUUGGAUUUUCCUGCAAAGGGCGGAAAAUCAGGCGCAUCAGCCAUGGAGGGGCGUUCUUUUACUUGA